UCGUUGUGUGCCUCUCACUCCUCGCGCCAGUCCCAGAGGAGUGUGGGAGCCAUGGCUGCCCCGAACCCGUGGGACCCGGCGUCCGCACCGAGUGCAGCUGGGUUACUGCUGAACCACUGGGUGGCUUCGGGGAUAGUCACUGAGGAGAUGUUAGACAUACCUAAGAAAAUGGCUCCUUGCUUUGUGAACUUCUCCAGAUUACAGCAGAUCUCAGAUAUUCAAGCUGAAAUCUACCAGAACAACCUAGAAAUUGAACUUCUAAAACUAGAAAAGGAUACAGCAGAUCUUAUUCAUCCUUCAUAUUUGGUUGAGAAGUGUGACACUCUGCAAAGCAUGAACAGUCAUCUGGAAACGGUGCUGAAAGAGAGGCGGGCCAUCCGGCAAAGACUGCUGAGACCCAUAUGCCAGGAGAACUUGCCAGUGGAAGCUAUGUACCACAGAUAUAUGGUACAUUUGUUGGAGUUGGCUGUGACUUUCAUCGAGAAGUUGGAAAACAAUCUUGAAACAAUUAGAAAUAUCCCUCAUUUAGAUACAAACCUAAAGAAAAUGAGCAAGGCACUAGCCCAGAUGGAUAUUUUGGUGAACAAGACAGAAGAACUGUCAGAGGAUAUACUCAAGUGGAGAGAACAACAGAAGGAAAUUUCCUUGUGUAUCCCCAAAAUACUAAGUGAAGAAAAUUAUCUUCACAAACUUGAUAUAGUGCCUCCUUUACCUUUUGUUUAUAAAGUUCAUGCCCAAACUGUUAAUGCCAAGUGAUAACCAUCUUUCCUUUUGUUUAAUUAGGUGUAGUCAAAGAAGUCUAUUUUCAGGUGAUUGUAACAAGGAUAUUGAUAGGCUUUGUUGUUAGAAACACUGGAAAAGCCCUCUGAAUUUUGGAGUACCAGAGAGAUGUCUCAGCAGGGAAAAGCUCCUGCUUCAAGACUGACAAUCCCUGGGCUCAAUCCCUGGGAUCCACAUAGGUUUUUUUGUUUGGUUUGGUUUUGUUUUCAUAUAUUUUUUACUCUUUUUAGUAAAGCUAAAGAAGAUCAAAUAUAUGUAUGAUAGCUUAUUAUAAGUGAAUUGAACAUUCUUCAGACAGCAGAUUCUGUAUCAUGAUUCUGUAUCUCUUUUAAAAACAUUUCUGAAUUGGAGUGAUGGGAGAUGUCAUUCUGUAAACAUGUUUCUCUUAUUGGUUAAUGAAUAAAGCACUGUUGGCCAAAAAUAGGCAGGACUAGGAGACGAGGAUGCAGGAGGUAGUAGGGAAGAGAUUCAACAUGUAGGAUGGGGAAAACAGAACGCCAGCCCCUCUGGUAAGAUAAGACCACUUGGAAAUACUUAGGUUAAUAGAAAUGGGUUAAUAUUUAAGACAGAGCUAGCAGAUAAGAAACUACUAACUGGCCAACAACAUUAUAGCUAAUACAGCAUCUCUGUGUGUUAUUUGGGGUUGGUACGGCUGUGGGACCAGACCGGCAGGAAAACUUAUUCAUAACAUAGGAGUAUUCCUGAGUCUGAAAAUUUCUGUGGUGAUUAAUCCUAAGAGACUGCAGAAUAGUUCCACAGCAGGCCUGUUACCCUUUGAAGGAUUGAUAAGGUGUCAUUCCUUGGCUGGUACAUCUAGAAACUUAUGUAAUAGGAGAAUGAGAAGGCCUCAGUAUGACCAGGCUGUGCAAUGUGGUUUGUGUGGGACACUUGCUUCCCUCCUGAGAGUCUAGGAUAUUGGUACAUACCAAACAGAAAGUACCUUUGUUACUCGUCCCUGAAAAAAAUCUGGAGCACACAUCCAUAACAAUUUUCGUGGUAGGCAGCAUUUCCCAGUGUCACAGUUCAGUGUGAGUGUGAUGACAUGAAGUCUUAUAUAUCUGGUGGUCACUGGUGGCUCAUGCCUUUAAUCCCAGCACUUGGGAGUCAGAGGCAGGCAGAUCUCUGUGAAUUUGAGGCCAGCCUGGUCUAAAGAGCGAGUUCCAGGACAACCUCCAAAGCAAUAAAGAGAAACCCUGUCUUAAAAAACCAAAAAAAAAAAAAAAAAAAAAAAAAAAAAAGUCCUAUUAACAGAUCACUGAACCUAGUUAUGCUCUCACGAUGUGUGCUAGCAGCCUUGGGACAGGCGAAGAAGAAUGAUUCAAGGGGUGAUGGGGGGGCAUAUUGUGGUAAAAUUUAGAAAUUUUUUGUUUUGAUAAUUUUUAUAUGUAGCCAAAGCUGGUCUCAAACACAUGAUCCUUCUUGCCUCAACCUCCCCAGAGCAUGAAUCCCAGAUAUGUGUUAUCACAUCUGGCUAAAGUGUAGAGGUUUGUAAUGAAAAAUAUGAUAUAUCCUACUUACUAAGGGUUAUUCAUAAAAUAGAGACUAGUAUACUUAAAGUAGAGAUAGUAAGAACUGCCUCAAGAUGUUCUUAUUUACAUUGUUACUGUAAGUACUUCUGGCUUAUGUUUAAACUGGGAUUCUGUUUUCCAUACUGUUAUCUUCUGUGUCAUGGAAGUUUAGCGAACAUUAUGUUCAUCAGAUUCUUAAUACAAGAUUUCACCUGUUGAUAAUAAAGUAGAUAGAUGUUCAUGAAAAACAGGAGCCAUACCCACCACCCCAAAAAAGACCCUGUCAAAACAACAGAUCUUUGUUUUGAAAAAGUCUACAGCUUUUACAAAUGUACCAUAAAAGAGUAGUGUUGAGAUUUUGAAUAUCACUCAGACAACUCAAAAUCCUUAUUUGUAUUUUGUCUCAAAUCUCUUUCAACAUCUAGUCAUUUUUCUUAUAUGAUUUUUUUGUGUAUGUAUAUUAUCAUGUUCCCAUAUCCCUGGUGGUUUUGUAUUUUUAUUUCCUAUUAAUGCCUCAAGAUGUAAAAAUAUACUAAUUUCAA